AUGUGGAUUGUGGAUGCCACGUUUCGUUCUCGUUUGUUACACCUACUUGUCUGUCUGUAUCUGUCUGUGUGUAAGUCUAUAUAUGCGUGUGUGUGUUUUUGUGUUUGUGUGUGUGAUGUGUGCGUGCGUCUGCGUGUGUGUGCGGAUAGAUUUGGAAGGCACGUUACACUGACUUCUUUUUGUUUGUCCGUCUGUCUGUAUAUUUGUCUGUGUGUUUGCGUUUGUGUGUGUCUGUUUACAUGUAAAUCAGUGCCUGUGCGUGAAUGA